AUCAUCUCUGCUAAUUCCUACUUUUCUUUUCUUCUCUUCUCUAUCUUCUUCUUCUUCUUCUUCUCAGUGAGUUUCCUUUUGAUAGGUUUAAUUGCUUAAUCAAUCUUAAUAAUCUUCUCCACUUUCACUUCUCUUCCCCAUUCUUUUUCCUUGUUCCAUUCUCCAGCUUCUCUCUUUCUCGUUCCUUACUUCGCUAAUCUUGCUCUCCCAUCUUGAGCUUAAAAGAAUCUCAUUUCUGCAGAGAGUACGCACUUCUCCUGCAAAGUUGUCGUCUUUCUCCAGAAUCUUCAUCUGGCAACUUUAUAGUUGAUCCUCUGCGAAAGAAUCUGGGUUCCGCUUCUUUUUUUAAUGAGCCGAAUUUGAAGGAAUCUUUCGUAAAGACGAUGAGAUCGAAGUUUUGUUCGUUAGCUCUUCUUCUUGGGCUCUUCUUCGUUUCUUGUAAUGGGUUUGCCUCUAAUGAAGUUGCAGCUCUUAGAAGAUUCAAGGAAGCUAUCUAUGAGGACCCUCUGCUAGUUAUGUCUAAUUGGAAUGAUCCCAAUUCAGAUCCUUGUGAUUGGACCGGCAUUAAUUGCUCUCCAUCUAAAGAUCAUGUUAUCAAGAUAAAUAUAUCGGCUUCAUCGAUAAAAGGGUUUCUUGCACCGGAAUUGGGUCAAAUAACAUACCUGCAGGAACUAAUCCUACAUGGGAACAUUCUUAUUGGGACAAUACCUAAGGAGAUAGGAAAGCUAAAGAACCUAAAGACCUUGGACUUGGGAAACAAUCAUCUAAUGGGACCAAUCCCAGCUGAGAUCGGGGGUUUGUCAAGCAUCAUAAUAAUAAACCUUCAGUCCAAUGGUUUGACUGGAAAGUUGCCUGCAGAGCUCGGUAACUUGAAGUACCUCAGAGAACUUCAUAUUGACAGGAAUAGGCUUCAAGGAACUCUUCAUGUCGCUGGCGCAUCAGGCUAUCAGUCAAAAGUGUAUUCUUCAAAUUCAAGUGCAAAUAUCGCCGGUUUGUGCAAGUCUUUAAAAGUAGCAGACUUUUCAUAUAACUUCUUCGUAGGAAACAUUCCAAAAUGUUUCGAGUACCUUCCAAGGACGAGCUUUCAAGGGAAUUGCAUGCAAAACAAAGAUCUUAAGCAUAGACCUUCUUCCCAGUGCGGUAAUGCACAACUGGUCAAAACUCAUGAAAGCCCGAGUACCCCACCUAAGCACCAGUCAGCUCAAAUGGUGGCUAAGCAUCAUAAAGCAUCAAAACCUAAAUGGCUUCUAGCUCUUGAGAUCGUCACAGGGUCAAUGGUUGGUUUGCUCAUUCUGGUUGCCCUUUUCUCAGCAAUUCAUCGCUGGAACAACAGAUCAUCUCUAAUCAUUCCUUGGAAGAAAUCUUCAAGUGAAAAGGAAAAGUUCACAGUCUACGUAGAUUCCGAAUUGCUGAAAGAUGUUUCAAGAUUAACAAGGCAAGAGCUCGAAGUGGCGUGUGAAGACUUCAGCAACAUCAUUGGGUUAUCUACAGAUAGUCAGAUCUAUAAAGGAACAAUGAAAGGUGGGUCUGAGAUUGCGGUGAUAUCUCUUUGUGUAAAACAAGAAGAUUGGACUGGAUAUCUUGAGCUCUAUUUCCAGAGAGAGGUUGCAGAUUUGGCUAGAUUAAACCACGAGAACACAGCAAAACUACUUGGAUACUGUAAAGAGACCUCACCAUUUACAAGAAUGCUUGUUUUUGAGUAUGCAUCAAACGGAACACUAUAUGAGCACCUCCACUAUGGGGAAGCGGCUUUAGUAUCGUGGGCAAGACGGAUGAAGAUUAUUAUAGGCAUCGCACGUGGUCUCAAGUACCUUCAUAUGGAACUUGAUCCUCCAUUUACAAUCUCUGAGCUGAGCUCAAACGCAAUCUAUCUCACUGAAGAUUUUACUCCCAAGCUGGUUGAUUUUGAAUGCUGGAAGACGAUUCUUGCCAGAUCAGAAAAGAAUUUGAGAAAUAUUAGCAAUCAGGGUUCGAUAUGUGUGCUCCCAAACGGAAUGGAAAGCCGACAUCUCGAUGUGUCGGGUAAUAUCUACGCCUUCGGCAUUCUUUUGGUGGAAGUUGUCAGUGGAAGACCUCCUUAUUGCAAAGACAAAGGUUUCUUAAUUGAAUGGGCAAAGGAGUUCCUUGAAACGCCAGAGGCAAUGGCAGGAUUGGUGGAUCCUGAGCUGAAACAUUUUAACCAAGAAGAUCUAGAGACGGUAUGCGAAGUGGCAAGCCAAUGCUUGAACCGAGAUCCAACCAACAACAACAACAAUAAUAACAAGCCCUCGGUGCAAGAGCUAUGUGAGACGUUGGAGAGUAGAAUCAGUCUGUCAAUUUCUGCGGAACUUAGAUCGUCCUCUUUGGCUUGGGCCGAGCUUGCGCUUGACUCGUGAUGAAGGAGAAAGGAGAGAAAAUAGUGUUGAAUGAUGCAUGCUAACUAACUGAAAACCAAACCCUCACCUCUGUAAAUCAAUCCGACUGAUUACAACAUUUGAUAUUGCUUUCUUUUUUGCUCUGAUCUUCACGAGUGUGUUUGUGUUCUUACGAUCUUGAUUAGUUUUUGUGUGUUUGGGUGUUCAAAAGUGUUCUGUAAAGGAAGAGGAAGAGAGGAACAUAUAGUUCAUGAAAAGAUUUUCUGUAUUAUUUUGGAAAAUCUAUGAGAGAGAUUGAAGAAUGUGCAUAUCAUAUGUAAUUGUAUGUUUGGAUCUAUCAAAUCCUGUUAUAUAUAGCAUUGGACCUAAAUUAAUUAUGUUUA